AUGAGUUGUCAACCUUGGCCACGUUUCGCGCUGAAGGUGCAAAUAUUCAUAGCAGUGGGAGGGGACGGUGGCCGGCGUUUCCAGAAGGGAGCAGCGCACGUGACGGCGCGCGCCAAUGGCGGCCGCGAUGGCGUGGGUCAGCAAGCUAGGGGUGAGGGGGAGGGGGAGAGCAGCAGGGGAGGGGGGGAAGCGGCGCCGCUGGCGACGCGACGCCCAGCGCCGGCAGUCCCGGCGUCGCUGCGCCCCAGCCAGGCGCUCACACAGGUGGGUGCCGCGCAGCGCCGCGCCGCUCCAGCCAGAUCGCUGAAUGCUGCAGACGGCGAGAUGACCGGCCAGGGUCAGCGCGGCACUAGCCCCGGCCGCUCAAAGAGGGCCGGCGGAGGCGGCGGGGGCGGCGACAGCAGGGGGUCGCGGCGGCAGGGCCCCGCUUCCAGGGGCAGCUCUCCCGGCAACAGCACCGGCGGAUCGCUGCCCGGCUCCAGGGGCGCCGAGUGA